CUAUUACAGCAUCAAUGGUAAAUCUCUUUUUUUGCAGUCACUAAUUAAUCAUACCACAUUGUCUCCUACAAAGCAAAUCCUUGAAAAGCUACACAUAUAUGUAACCUUUUCCCUCUCCAAAUUAUCCCAAAAGCCAUCCAAAAGCCACAAAAGAAUGAUGAGAAACUGAAAACUAGCAGUGUAGAGAGAGUAAAUUGAAGGCUUUGAUUCUCUUCUUCUCUUGGCCUUGUUUCACCCUCACAAACACAAGAAUGCAAACUUCUCUCAAGCUACCAUCUUUGGCUAUUUCUACAUGUUAUGUUCUUCUUCUACCCUUAGUUGGCUGUUCAUAUCAUGAAGAGGGCAACCAACCCAACGAUAAGAGCACAGAAGAACACUCUCACAAGUUGAGUCCUCAGAUGACAUCCAAUGUCACAGUUCAUGGGCUUCUCUCAUGGUUUUCAAUGGGGUUCUUAAUGCCUGUUGGAAUUCUUAUCAUCAGAAUGUCUGUUAGAGAAGAACGUGGGACGACAAGGGCCAGAGUUCUCUUCUAUCUCCAUGUUAUUUUGCAGAUGCUCUCAGUGCUUCUUGCCACAGCUGGAGCUGUCAUGUCCCUCAAAAACUUUGAGAACUCAUUCAACAACAACCACCAAAGAUUAGGUCUAGCACUUUAUGGUGCCAUCUGGGUGCAAGCCUUGAUAGGAUUUUUCAGGCCUCACAGGGGAAAGAAAGAGAGAAGUUUUUGGUACAUGGUGCAUUGGAUGCUUGGAACCCUAAUAUCAAUGGUUGGGAUCAUCAACAUAUACACUGGUUUAAAUGCCUACCAUAAGAGAACACAGAGAAGCCCAGGGCUUUGGACUCUCCUUUUCACAGCUGAAGUGUCUUUCAUUGCUGUCUAUUAUCUAAUCCAAGACAAAAGGGAGUACAUAAAAAAGCAAGGAGUGAUUUUAGGCAAUCUUGAACCAAUCACUCAAGAUCAAGAAAAUGUUCAAAGGCAAAACCGAAAGGAGCUGCUGCCUCAGCAGCCAUGUGGCAAACACAAUGCACUCAAGAACUUGUUUGACUAACAUGGGUUUCUUUUUUUCUUUUUUAAAAAAAAUCACCUUUUAGUCUGUGUCUGUCCAUCUUUCUUUUUCCCUUUCUUUGUGAGUGCUCAUUUUGUUUUAUCUAUUUAUUUAUUUAUUUUUAUGCAUGCCCUCUAUGCAACUGGGUGGUUUUUUUUUUCUUUACAGAAGAUACAAUGAUGGAGGGCAUGCAUAAAAAGUGGAUGAUGACAGGGCACACCUUAUUAAACUUUUUUUUUUUGGGUGUGGACAUUUGGACCAUUAAUAUUAGAUGGGACAAUGGAGAAGUUAUGCAGAUAAUAUAAAUAUAUAGUACUUGUAUGAGAA